AUGUUGACAUCUUCAUCAGAGAUGAAGAUCAAAAAGCUAAUGCCGAUGGACGCAGAGUCUCGCAGACUUAUUGAUUGGAUGGAGAAAGGUGUAUACGAUGCAUUGCAGAAGAAGUACCUGAAAACGCUUUUGUUCUGCGUGUGCGAAACAAUUGAAGGGCCAAUGAUUGAGGAAUAUACGUGUAAGGCUAUAGCAAAUGAGGUUUCGAUGAAUAUCAGUCGCUCUGGGAACAAGAAAGAGGGUGGAACAUUCAAGUGUAACUCCACUGCAGAAAUUACUCCCAACCAGAUGAGGAGUUCUGCUUGUAAAAUGGUCCGCACACUGGUUCAACUGAUGAGAACUCUGGAUAGGAUGCCCGAAGAGCGGACCAUACUGAUGAAACUCCUGUACUAUGAUGAUGUGACGCCAGCAGAGUAUGAGCCUCCAUUCUUCAGAACCUGCUCAGAGGAAGAAGCUCGUAAUUCGUGGACCAAAAAUCCUUUGAAAAUGGAGGUUGGGAAUGUAAACAGUAAGCAUCUUGUAUUAGCUUUGAAGGUAAAGAGCGUCCUUGAUCCUUGUGAGGAUGAAAAUGAUGAUAUUCAAGAUGAUGAAGUGAGUUUAGGAGCUGAUUCCAUGCAAAGGGAUGAUUACUCUGAAUCUGACAGUGAGGUUAACCAGUCACAAGAGGAUCGAUAUAUAGUUGCGCCUGUAGGUGGUGAGGAUAAGCAACAACCACAGGAAGAUAGCAGUGCACCACAAGAAGAUAACAGCAUGGUUGAUGAAGAUGACACUCAGGAUUCAGUGGAAGAUGAACAACAAUCGUCCCGGAUAAAGGACUGGAUCAGUAGCCGCCACACUGACACUGUUGAACUUACUGAUGUUCUCUCGAAUUUUCCAGACAUUUCAGUGGUUCUGACUGAAGGUAAACUCAAGAAUACACUUAGAGCUGCCGAAAUUAUGGACAAUCUUGUUAAGGAAGGUGUUCUAUCAAAAACUGGAGGGGACACUUACACUAUUAACGGGCAGAAGAAGUCUGAUUAUGAGUUCACUCUGGUGAAAGAAGAAAUGGAUGGUCAAAUAGUCCCAGUUUCUGACAAGACACCAAAGGUUAAUGAUCUCAUGUACAUGAAGGCACUGUUACAUGCUCUUCCGAUGCAGUAUGUGACAGUUGCGAAGCUUCAGAACAAGCUUGGAGGGGAAGCAAAUCAGACUACUGUCCGCAAGUUCAUUGAUAAAAUGACACGGGAAGGUUUUGUUGAAGCCAAAGGCAACCGAAGGCUAGGAAAGCGUGUGAUCCAUUCUGAUACUACCCAGAAAAAGCUGACUGAAGUCAAGAAAGCUCUGAAUAUUGAUGCAAUGGAUGUGGACAAUUUUGAACCAAAUAACAAGUCCAAACAUCUAGACCAUACUAUGGGAAGCACUUACCGGGACACGUCCACAUGCGGUGCCCUCCAUUCCAUUGGAUCAGAUCUCACACGCAUGAGAAUAAGAUCUAACGGUCAUCAAAAUAGUCCCAUGAGGAGUGAGCAGACUACUUCAAAGACAAAGGACCAUGCAAACACUCCAACAAGCAGGGCUCAGCCUGUGACUUCAAGAGAGAGCUUUGUGCCAGGCAACGAGAACGUCAGAGCAAAUGGCAACUCCGAUCACUUUGAUGAAGGGGAGAGAGUGAUAUGCAGUGGCAGGUCCACCCAAGACAAGCGAUCCAGGAAAACAAGCACGGUCAAGGAGCCUAUUCUCCAGUACACGAAGCGCCAGAAAUCCCAAGCCGUCUGA